AUGCAGAGUACUCGUUUGUUGGUUACUGCGCGACACUUUUCAUCAAGCUGGAAAACAAAUCAUUUAUUAAAACGAUGUAUUACAAUUUUGAACUCAUCAAGUAUUCAUAGAACAAACUUGAAUCUCAACAACUCGUCUUUAUCUCUAGUCGAUUCGAAUCGUUCAUUAUGUAUGAAUAUAAGAUUAUCGAAAAAUGAUAUAACCGCUAUUGGACAAUAUCAAUCUAUUCGUUAUGCUUCAUCGAAUAGUUUACCAGCAUAUAAACCAGUUGCUUUACCAGCAUUAUCACCUACUAUGGAGUCAGGCACAAUACGAUCGUGGGCAAAAGCGGAGGGAGAUAAAAUCGUUGAAGGUGAUAUAUUGGCUGAAAUUGAAACUGACAAAGCAACAUUAGGAUUCGAAUCCAGUGAAGAAGGAUAUCUUGCAAAAAUUCUUAUACCUGGUGGUAGUAAAGAUGUACCUGUUGGAAAACUGUGUGCGAUUAUUGUGGAAAAACAAGAAGAUAUAGCUGCGUUUAAAGAUUAUAAAGGUGACAAUGGUGAAGCUCCAGUAAAAACGAAAUCGACCGAUGAACAAGCAGCUGCACCGAAAAAAACUGAAAAAGAACCACCAAAAAAAAGUGAUUCAGCUAGUAAAACAGAACAAGAAGCAGCAGCUGGUUCUACAGCGAAAACUAUUGGUGCAAAUAAAGAUGGUUCGGUGUUUGCAUCACCUUUCGCUCGAAAACUUGCCCAAGAAAAAAGCAUUAACUUACAAUUAGUACAAGGUACUGGUCCGAAUGGUCGAAUUGUUGCUGAAGAUGUUGAAAAAUUCAUCAAAGAAGGUGGUGCCAAAGUUGAUGUCAAAAAAGAGCAAGCUAAAUCAGCAGCUCCAACAAAAGUAGCUAAAAAAGAAAAGGAAGUAUCAGCACGUGCAGGUGGCUAUAAUGAACAACAAGUAUCAGAAUUAAGAGCUGAAUACGCUCGUCGCAUGGUUGAAUCGAAAAGUACUGUACCACAUUAUUACUUGACCAUUGAAGUUGACUUGAAUGAAAUUCUUAAACUACGCGAAAAGCUUAAUGAUAUGUUAGCACCGAAGUCAAAAGAUGCUAAAGACAAAUCACGAGGUAUUACAAUAAAUGAUUUUGUUAUAAAAGCGGCUGCACUUGCGUGUAAAAAACGACCUGAAACAAAUAGUGUUUGGAUGGAAAAAUCUAUUCGACAAUAUGAGACUGUUGAUAUCAAUGUAGCAAUAAAUACGGAUGCUGGCGUUCUUGUGGCACCUAUUUUAUACAAUGUCGAACAAAAGGGCCUUGCGACAAUAAAUCAAGAAAUAUCACAAUUAAGUAAAAAGGCAAAUGAUGGCAAAUUAGGCGACAAUGAACUCGAAAUGGGAACAUUCACAAUUUCCAAUUUAGGAAUGUAUGGUAUAACAAAUUUUAGUGCUGUUAUUUAUCCUGAACAAUCUGCUCUUUUGGCUAUUGGUGGUGUCGAAACUAGAAUUUUACCUGCUCCAGACUCUCCAAAAGGCUUUCGUCAAUCCUCUGUUCUUAAUGUAACAUUAUCAUGCGAUCAUCGUGUUAUUGAUGGUGCCGUUGGUGCACAAUGGUUACAAGAAUUUAAACAAUUUCUUGAAAAUCCUGGAUCGAUGAUCUUAUAA